CGGUCCCCCCUUUGUGACGUCACCAUCAGCUGUUUGAACGUUCUAAUUUCCCUGCCGAGAUCAACUGGGGAUUCAGCAAUAACAGGAAAAAUACGAAUUCUAAGGCUGUUUGGACCAGGGAGGGAAGGGUGGCCGGGCGCCUGCACUUGCCGACCCUGCAUAUCUUCUGAGAAGACCAGAGGCACCAUUCGCAUCACCUUCACCCCCCUCCCAGCAUCGAGAUCUAUAUAUUUUUUUCUCUCUCUCCCAGAGGAAGGUUUUUUUUAAAAUAUAAUAUAUACAAAAUAGCAAUUUUCUAUGCUCGAUCUCGGUUGAUUGCAAUUAAAACUACCUCACAGACUCUCUCUGCCUAAAGCUGGUGCUUAAUUUAAAUAUAAAUAUAUAUAUAUAUAGAUUUGUGGGUUUUUUUCUCUCUUCUUCUUCUUGUGUGUACAGUGUGGCGUUGUUUACAAAACAUUUGAUGACAUUAAAGGCAAGGCCUUUGCACUGAAGCCAAGUGAAGAACCUUAUGAUUGCACUAUAUGUAACUCAACUCAGAUAAGAUUUCACUAGGAAACGAACAACUCCUGCCUUUCAGAAGGAAUUGUCCCAUCAGCUCUCUCCCCAUCAGCACCUUCCAGUUCCAUCUGCUGUAGCAGAACAGCAUCUAGGAAAUCAUUGCCAUCUUUCUUCUAAGACCACCUCAGAAAUCAGUCUCCAGCCAUGUUCCAGCGCCUCACCAGCCUCUUCUUCAGUGACAGCAGUGCACCUGAAGACUUUGAGGAACCCAAGCCUUUCAUUUCUAAGGAGGAGGAGGAAGAUGACUGGCUCAUUAUUGACAUAACAGAUAGUUAUGCUUCAGCCUCCAGCAAAGAGUGGCGGGUAGGUGAGAAGGAUUCCGUUUGUGCUUCUUGUUGCCAUCACGGGUCCCUUCCACCUACCUCGUCUUCGCCCCUCUCCCCCAGUGACUGUAUCAGCAGGUCCAUGCCCUCUCAGCCUGACCCCUGCUUGAUGGACGAGAGUUGGUUUGUUACCCCUCCCCCCUGUUUUACUGCAGAAUGUUCCGAUCCUGUCAGCAUGGAGAGUAACCCCAUGGAGGACCUCUUGAUUGAGCAUCCCAGCAUGUCUGUCUAUGUCACCAGCAGCACUAUUGUUGUGGAAACCCAGACUCCUGAGGAGCACAUCAAUCAUGAUGGGGAAGAACCUGAACGGCGUUUGCAACGCCAUGCCCCGCACCACUCCACCUCUCUUGCCACCAAGGCUGCCAUCUUGGAGAAGGUCAACCAAGUGCAUCGGAUUCAAAGGGCAAAGCAUCUGGCAGAGAAGCACAACUUCAGUCAGAAAGUCAUGCAGAGGCAGAACCGCACCCGAGAGUGCCGCCCACGACGGGCCAAACACCAAGGCAGCUUUGUCUACCAACCAAGCCAGCGCCAAUACAACUACUAAGCUACUUCAAGAAGUCUACACUGUGGGGCAUUAUCCGUUUAACUUUCAGCUUCACCAGUUCCUCACAAUGCUUUCUUCAGCCAAGAUGGUCCUCUUUGUCCAUUUUUGAAAUAAAUCCAUCCCUUCUCCCAGGAGAGAACCUCCUACUUUGUACUAAGCUGGCAAUAUUCAAUGGUAGUUCUUUUGUGGGCUUUUCUUGGGCUUCACCCCUAUCUUCAGCCACAAAUUAUUUUCUUACCUAUGACUUUCUUUCCUCUUUGGGUUUCAUCUCCCCCUCUGCUGUCUCUUCUUCUACAGAUGUUGUCCUUGAUUUGAAUCUGAAGGUGAAAGAAACCUAACCCGUCCCACUAACAUUAAGUAGCAAAGCUGUAGGUCUACUUUGAACCUCGAAUAUAUGUUUUUGCUGUUCUUUUUGGAGAAACAUGUUUGCAUCUUGGGUACCAAGCAAGACCAUUUAUUUUCAUGUGGUGUUUUCCUUGGUUCCUAGAUAGCAUGUAUUUAUACACUGGCUAUAGUAGCAGUUUCCAGUGUUAAGAGUAAUUUGGUGCUUCCAGUGACUAUAUCACAUUUUGUUUUCUAAAUAAGAGUUAUAGGAGGGACGAGGUGCACUGUCAUUUCCUUUGUCCUUCACUGUUGCACUAGAGGGCCUGUGACAUCAGUGCCUUUCAUUAUGACAUCACACUCUUCACAGUGGAAACGGACUGUGAUGUCACAAGUUGAUAUGCCAGGUUCAUGUGCAAACUGGAACACAAAACAAUAAAUAGGUCCAAAAUACAAUGAUGAACAUAACCUGUAUCUUGUAUCUUCUUUCCCUUAAAAUAAAAUGGAUUGUAUAUUUAUUCCUAUUAUGCAGAGUUGAUAAUGGGGGCUAGUCCUGAGAUAUCCUGCCACAUUCUUAAUUGUACAAAAGCUCCAUGAAAGUUUUGACAUUGACUUCAAAUGUAGGAUGGAUUAUUCCUGAUGUUUCUGUUCAGCAAUAAGAUGCAGUGCAGAAUCUUUCAAAGUCCAUUCCGGGCAGCCAAGCAAUUUUCAGUUAGCAGCAGAGGUUUAACUUGGAAGCUCCGGGAUUCACUGAAAAAUCAGUCAUGCACAUUGCUUUUCAAAACAAUUUCAAAAGUUGCAUUUAGAGCUGUCACAUAUUUCCACCUCAUAUCAUUCACAUCUUCAUAGUAUUAUGAUAGUGUCAUGAUCAAAUAAAAUGGAAAGCUCUGGUACUUUUUAAAAAUAAAACAAGGCUAAAGAUAUUUCAAGGAACAUUCACAAAUAGAAUUAAAUUAUAUGCAUUAAGUCCUCCAGCCCCUGUAUAUUUUGCCCUGAAUCUAAACAUGGAAAUGUCCUACAAUAAAAAGUACUGUUUUUCA